UUAAAUAAAGUAGUAGUCUAGUGACGUCAUCGCUGUGCGCCUCGUGUGUAGCGUCGAAACUUAGCACGUCAGUUGCUUCAUGUUGCCGGCUCGUUUGUCAAACUCAGGACCAAUUAUGGAACUUCUAUGCGGACCGUUGGGUGUUGUAGCAGGACUGGGCUGUGGGCUCCUCAUUGGGUGGCACCUGCGGGGACGCUUUGGCUCCGUUUCCAAAAGCCUUGCCGGGACAGAAGCGGGAAACAACGCGUGUGAGUCAAGCGUGAUGGGAGAAGGUGGAGAGUUCAAGAUGAUUCUGGUUGUUCGAAAUGACCUGAAGAUGGGCAAAGGCAAAGUUGCUGCCCAGUGUUCCCAUGCUGCAGUUUCUGCCUACAAACAGGUCCAGCGUAGGAACCCCGAACUCCUCAAACAGUGGGAGUACUGCGGUCAGCCUAAAGUGGUCGUAAAGGCCCCUGAUGAGAACACCCUGAUUGACCUGCUGAGCCAUGCCAAAGAUGUGGGACUUCCUGUCAGUCUGAUCCAGGAUGCAGGAAGGACACAAGUAGUGCCUGGCUCACGUACUGUGCUUGGCAUUGGUCCGGGUCCAUCUGAUUUGAUAGAUGAUGUUACUGGAGACUUGAAGCUCUACUAGUGUGUCAGCAAAUAUCUGUUGGACUAUCUGUCCAAUGCAAAAACACAGCUUACCAGGAGUUAUACUGUAAUGUCUGAAUCCUGGAGUCCAAUGGAAUCCAAUGAUUUAGUAAAAACAGCUUAAUAUGUC